UGCACUCACGCUAGGUUGAGCCGUACUGGAGGGUCCAUAGAAAUUUUGACAGCUUCAACACACAGGUGAGACUAACCCCCGUCCAGAGGCUGCUUCACUCUCUACAUCUCAGUUUCCCCCCUCCCAGGAGAACUGUUCACUGUGAGCCUGGGGUUGACACAGUCAAAAAACAACCAUUCGAAGUCAAACCAUACCGGCAGCAUGAGCAAAAAGAAAAAGGACUGGAAGACUGAGAAAGAGAGACAGCUCCGUCUAGAUCGGGAGGAGAGACGCAAGGAGUAUCGUCGUCAAGAUUUCAUAUCUCUGGACAAGAUCACAUCCUGGAGAGAGGAAAAUAGACCCAACGACAUAGAGGAAGGGAAGGAGCUGACAGGCGGAGGAGGGCCGAGCGAUAAAGUAUCUCUCUACAAAGGAGAUAUCACCGUCUUGGAAUUGGAUGCCAUCGUCAAUGCUGCAAACUCCAGUCUUCUGGGAGGAGGGGGAGUGGAUGGCUGCAUACACAAAGCAGCGGGGUCCUGUCUCUAUGAUGAGUGCCACUCACUAAACGGCUGUGAAACCGGCAAAGCCAAGAUCACCUGCGGCUACGAUCUCCCUGCAAAAUAUGUGAUCCACACCGUGGGCCCGGUGGCCAGAGGUCAUGUGGGCCCUACCGAGACCAAUGACCUCACCUCCUGCUACCAGAACUCCCUCCGGCUGAUGAAAGAGCACGACUUGAGCACUGUGGCCUUCCCAUGUAUAUCCACAGGCAUCUAUGGCUUUCCGAAUGAGCCUGCAGCUGACAUCGCUCUGAACACAGUAAAGAGCUGGAUCGAAGAGAAUCCUGAUAAGAUCACACGGGUCAUUUUCUGUGUCUUCCUCGAGACCGACUUUGCCAUCUACAAGAAGAAAAUGUCUGUCAUUUUUCCAGACAAUGACAUGGAGGUUACAGAGGAGCAGCUGAAGGGAGAUACCACACCCCCAUCUACAAAAUCCACAACCAAGGAAGAAAGUGAAGAUAGUAACAGAGGUAAAGCGGAAAUAGGAGAUGAAGACGAAGGUGACGAUGAUGCUGCUGGAAAUGAAGACGUAGAGAUGGCGAGUCAAAACCCAGAUGAAAUAUCAGGAAAUGAGGAGACAAAUCCAGAAAAGGAUAAAGAUAAAGAUGAAAAUGAAAGCCAAGACAAAGAUGAAGAUAUAGGGAUUGAAAAAGACGAAGAGAAAGAUGAAGACAAAGGCAUCGACAAUGAGAAAGAUGAAGAUGAAGACAAAGCAGAGGAAGAGCAGCCUGCCGCGAAGGCAGAAGAUGACGACACAGCCAAGUCCACUGUGGAGAUGGAAGAUGUCCCUGAGAUCAACAACACUGGAACCAGCAACGGAGAGGAGAUUAAAGAUCCUGUCGAGAGCUCAGAAGAACCUGACUCCAUUCUAACUGACAGCAUUCAGUCCAAAGACACUGUUGAGAAGAAAGAAUGACCAGCUGAGGGAAGGACAAUCAACCUCAUCUGACAGCCAGCAAAACUGUGCGAAGGCCAACCAACACUGGUGUCAGACUGGCCCAUGUCAGUAUGGGCUCUGACACUGGCCCAGGACAACCAGUUACUCACAAGAUGCUCACAUUCCCAACUUUAUUUAGCCUAUUCCCUCUUUGUUAAGAAACUACUCAUCCCUGAAGUAUGUAUGUGCUGUAUGUAUACGUAUGUGUGUGCAAAACCUUACUAUAGGACUUGAACAUAUCAACCAGAAAAGAUGAGCCAUACGUCACUGUGUGUUAGAGUAAUACAUUUCAUUUUGCCAGCAGGGUGCGAUGAGAUAAACCAGGUUCAAGUCUCUUUAUUUGAUCUAUGCCCACUGCGAGAGCGUGGUGCAGCUGUCAGAGGACAACAGCCACAGCUCUGACAUGUUGACACUCUAGGCUGGGUGAUGCUUAACAUCAACCAUCCAACGCCACAGUCAUGAUGACAUGCGACAGUGGAAUUACCUGACAAGUUUCGCAUUUGUGAGCCUCUUUGGAGUGCAACACACUGACGCCUGCCAUGUCUCCUCACACACUACUGCAGCCAUUGUUUAGUCAAAUCAGUCAAUAUACUCUUGAUUCAGACCACAGUCUGUAAGGCGGUGUGUCACUCCCCGGCUUUUAAUCUAUGAACAUCACACAUCUGAUCUCCGCCGCUGCCGUAACCGCAGCUUAACUCGUCGUUUUACCAAGAAACUGUUCAUCAAGGCCCACAUACGCUAAAGAGGAUAUGAGUGUCUUUUAACAAAUCAAUAAUUCUUCUUGUCCCCCCUUUUUUCUUUGCCGUUUCCAGUGCAUGCCAGAUAAUUGCUUUGAAAUUCAUCAACAUAAACAGAAAAUUACAGUCCUCUUCGCUUUCGCUUGUCUCCUUACCAGAUUGUCUAUAAUUGUAUUGAAGGAAUCUGCCUUAUUUCAUAUCAAACUACAAAAAUCACAAUCACAGAUCUAAGGAGGUGGUCCGAGUAUGAAUUGUUGGUUGUGAAUUGCUUGCAGAUGAUUUGUAAUUUUAAGUACAUCAUGUAAUGGCUAAUGCCUGUUGUUAAUGAUUUCUUGUUUUUUUUUCCCUGGGUUGAUUUUAAAAACAUGGUUUUUGGUUUCUUUUAAAUGUCGGUAUGAUUCAUGAAUUAUUUUUCAGUGGUGCCAUACUAAAGAUCAGAUUAAUUACAGUUCUAUGAAAUGAUGCCUUCAUACUUUGAUGUUUGCUUUGCUAAACUAUAACAGAAACGACUAAUAAAAUUUAAAGUUGGAA